UGACGUCACGCCAAACAGGAACUAGCAGUGCGCUGUUUAUGUUGAUGGUGAUUUUGCUCUGCGUUUCUACAUAGACGCUUUUUAUAACUGACACGAAACUGCCGCAAUAUGUCACAGGAUUUGUGGUUGCAGAAUUAUGAUGCAGCUUGUCGGCUGGCUCAAGAAAUUGCAGAAAAUAUCCAUGAAAGAAACAGACAGCAGAGGACUGGAGGAAACCCAGCCAAGCUCAACAUGACACUGAGAGCAUCAUUACAGAAGCUCAAACAGAAUAUAGCACAGCUCAGGGAGACACUUAUUCGAGCUUCUGCUCAACGGCAUGUAAUGCAAGCUGAAGCAGACAGAAGACAGAACCUUGUUGAUGAUCUCGCUACCAGAGAAACGAGACUGAAUGCCUCUUUCAAAGGGGACAUCUCAGAACCUGAACCAUCAAGGUCAAGUCUGAUGGCAAGUGGAAACGGGUCAGGGCCCUCUGUGAACCCGUGGCUGGUUAAUGAGUCUGAGGAGACCAGAGGACUCAGCUUUGGAGAAAUCAAACACCAACAGCAGCAGAUUAUUGAAGCUCAGGAUGCUGGCCUGGAUGCCCUGGCUGCAGUCAUAAGUAGACAAAAACAGAUGGGUCAGGAGAUUGGCAAUGAGCUAGAUGAACAGAACGAGAUCAUUGAUGACCUUGCUCAUCUUGUGGACAAGACGGACAGCCGAAUCAAAAACGAGACACACAGAGUCAAGCUGUUGGACACCAAAUCCGCUUCCUGUGGGAUGAUGGUGGUGAUUGUUCUUCUCCUCAUCGCUAUCAUUGUCGUGGCCGUUUGGCAGAAUUAAUGAAGAGGAUGUGUCCGAAGAGCAGGCGGCACAUGUACGGACUGCAGAGACUGUUAGAAAAACCGUCUUUGAGGUGAACGAGAGAAACUCACAGCUUCCAAGCAGGCUGUAUAUGUAAACACACAUCUCUAAACCUUUCUCCUGUCCUCUUUUACAUUUAUGAAAGUAAUGGAACCCAUGACUGGGUGAAAGCCAAGGAAUGGACCACUAUGAAGAACUAAAAUCCUUAGCUCCUCAGAUAAUGAUCAAAGUAGGAUUCGGAAUGGAAAGAAAAAUAGAAAAGAGCUUUGAAAGGUUUCAAUAGUAUUAUGAAUAUAACCAUGAGCUCGAGAUGCUCCAAGGGGGGAAAACCUAUUUAAAUUCUUUGUUUGGCAGUGAAGAAAAUGAUCCGUAUCCAUCUUGUAAACAAGGUCUGGGAGUCACAAAGCAAUACAAAAUAUAUGUAUAUACAGUAUAAUUAAAAUGUAUUAUCUCUUAACUUCACUCUCAUUAUCCACAAUUCAGAUGCUAUUUUGUAAGUAAAGAAAAAAUUAAAUACAUGAUUUUAUCUUUCUGUAAAUUGUUUUUUGCCUGAAAAUGUGAGUUAGAAAUUCUAAUAAAUGUAGCUGGACAGUCUGGUCUCAGCUGUUUUGUUGGUAAAAACCUACAAUUGUGUUAGUGCUGAUCAU